AUGGAAUCCCUUCCUCCCGAGAUACUGCUAUUAAUCGGCCAAAACAUCACUGACCGUUCAUCAAUUCGCGCUUUGACCGAGUGCUGCUGGCAAUUCCGCCAUAUCUUCCAACCUCUCUAUUACUCAUCCAUUGAAAUCAAAAAAUUCUCCCCUAAGUAUCACAUACCUCUGGUGAAGCACCUGUAUCAACGUCCAGACCUCGCACGAAAGGUGUCAUUCGCGAGAUUUACUUGGAGCACCACCUGUGACGGGCAUGAUGCUGAUCACAAUGCCCACGAGAGUGACGAGGGAGACGAAGAUCACGAUUAUCACUAUGACCAUGAUGAUCACUAUGAGUACGAUAGGGUGGAACGUUUGACUUUAUCGACGAUGAACUUUAUUCACGACACAUUGAAUCUUUGGUUGCUAGAUGAAAAUCUAGAACAUGACGACGAUCCUGAAGGAUGGAGGGCAGGAUGGGAAUUUCACCUCUUCCUCGGGUGCAGUGCAGCCUGGAUCGGCCUGCUGAUCGCUAAAUUGACUCACGUCGAAAGACUCGAAUUAUGUUACCAUGGCCAGUUUGAUUUAAUGCAUCAAAUGCUAUCCAGAGCUGUCAAGCGACAAAAUCCAUUUCACUUCCGUACACCGUUUCCACUUCUACAAGAAGUCAAGCUGUCAUGCAGUUACGACAACAGCUGGAUUCACUCACACGAUGCACUGCCGUUCUUUUAUCUUCCAGCUGUCCGUGUCGUCGAAGCAGACGGCAUAUGUGAAACACACAAUGAUCCGUUAUUUUCAGACAAUCGAUCUAUUCUGGACUUUUCCGGGAAUGAUAAACCUGUCUCCCAAGUCAGAGCUAUCAAAGUCUCACGAGCAUACAACUUUGUAGAUAUGGAGGAAUGGAUCAAAGCAUGCACCAAACUAGAAUAUCUCGAAGUUGAAGCUGAGAUCACGGCUUGGGAUAUCUCUGAAAAUUAUCAUUUCGAUGCGCCAACUUUCCGAGAGUCCCUUCUGCUGGCCAAGGAUACCCUCAAGACAAUACGCUUUUCAUUUGGGAAAAGACUCAUCCAGGACCGCCCUGGUGUCUUCUCACCCAGGGCUUUCGAUCUAAAUGGCCUUGACAAUAUACCGUUCGGCUCAUUCAAGGAAUUCCACGUCCUUGAGAAUCUAUCGAUUCGAUACCGAAAUCUUAGUUCCAGGACAUUCGCCAACUUGCUUCCAUCUUCGCUCAAGACACUUGAGAUCAUAGAUAUCAAGUCAAAGUCUUUCUCUCGGAUCAUGUGGAAUCUUGCGCAUCUUGUUGAAUCUCGGGGAUCCUUUCCAAAUCUUAAUCGGAUUGUCCUAAAACAUUUGGGAUUCUCCGGCAAGACGCGAAAUGAGGUAGAUGUCGAUGAAAGAAGUAUUACAGGACUUGAUGAUCCAUGGGUAUCCGGGCUCGGACUUGGGGACUUGUCUAUUUACUUGAAAAAUACGUGCAUGGAUGCGGGAGUAUCUAUAAAGAUAUACUGGUCCAGGGUAUUUGAUUGGGGAUAUUUGGGUUUCUAA